UCUUGCGCAAACCGAGCCAGAACGGUUUCCUCAUAAACUGGUAGAUAGACCGGCCUUUAGAAACGCUGGUCGCGCGGAGCAUCUUGGGAGAUGUGGUCCCCAUACUUUGCUGAGCCUUCUGGGUAAUGUAGUCUGGUCAUUCCUGUCGGCGUGGAUCCCCCAGUUGGUGGCUGGAGUGCCCCCUUGUUCUUUGGUGGCGCUGGUACACAUGGCAUUUAGAGAUGUGGCUGUGGAUUUCACCCAGGAGGAGUGGAUGCUGUUGAGCCCUGCACAGAGGUCUCUGUACAGGGAGGUGAUGCUGGAGAACUACAGCAAUCUGGUCUCCCUGGGAAUCCCAUUUUCUAAACCAGAACUCAUCACCCAGCUGGAGCAAGGGAAGGAAACCUGGAGAGAGGAGAGAAAAUGUCCACCUGCCUCCUGUCCAGCAACAGAACCAAAGCCAAAACAGCCCUCCUGUCCUUCCAACCCUCCAGAUAUCUCCAGUCAGAAAUCCCACAUGCAACAUAUGCCAUGUAAUCACUGUCCAUGGAUUUUCACAGGCAUGUGUGCAGAUGGUCAUGUUCAGCCAGUGAACUCAUGCUCAGGGAACCAAAACCAGCAACCACAAGCCUCUGAUCACAAUUCCUGGAGUGAUGAAGCAGAAGCUCAGGAGAAAGAAGGGGUCAAGCCUCUGCUUGAGAAAACAAAGAAAAGACUUUUAGGAGCAUUCUCUAGGCUACCCCAAAGACAACUGGUCAGCUCUAGGAAUGGCAUCAGAAGGGAGGAAAGAGAGGCCAACCUUGCUCAGACUGGGAACCCUGAGGAAACUGACAAACUGUUGAAGAGGAUAGAAGGCUUGGGAUUUGGAACAGUGAAUUGUGGAGAAUGUGGACUUGGCUUUAGCAAGAUGACAAACCUGCUUAGUCACCAAAGGAUACACUCUGGGGAGAAGCCGUAUGUGUGUGGGGUAUGUGAAAAGGGUUUUAGUUUAAAGAAAAGCCUCGCCAGGCAUCAGAAGGCACACUCAGGGGAGAAACCUAUCGUGUGUAGGGAAUGUGGCCGAGGAUUUAACCGUAAGUCAACACUCAUCAUACAUGAGAGAACACACUCCGGUGAGAAGCCUUAUAUGUGCAGUGAGUGUGGGCGAGGCUUUAGCCAGAAGUCAAACCUCAUCAUACAUCAGAGGACCCAUUCAGGAGAGAAGCCCUACGUAUGCCGGGAGUGUGGGAAAGGCUUCAGCCAGAAAUCAGCUGUCGUUAGACACCAGAGGACACACUUAGAGGAGAAGACCAUUGUGUGCAGUGAUUGUGGACUAGGCUUCAGUGACAGGUCGAACCUCAUCUCACACCAGAGGACACACUCUGGGGAAAAACCUUAUGCCUGCAAGGAGUGUGGGCGAUGCUUUAGGCAAAGGACAACCCUUGUCAACCACCAGAGGACACACUCAAAGGAGAAGCCUUAUGUGUGUGGGGUGUGUGGGCACAGCUUUAGCCAGAAUUCAACCCUUAUCUCACAUAGGCGGACUCACACUGGAGAGAAGCCUUAUGUGUGUGGGGUGUGUGGCCGAGGCUUUAGUCUGAAGUCACACCUAAACAGGCACCAGAACAUACACUCAGGGGACAAGCCCAUUGUGUGCAAGGACUGUGGACGAGGCUUCAGCCAGCAGUCAAAUCUCAUUAGACAUCAGAGGACACACUCAGGGGAAAAGCCCAUGGUGUGUGAGGAGUGUGGACGAAGCUUCAGCCAGAAGUCAAAUCUUGUAGCACACCAGAGGACACACUCAGGGGAAAGGCCAUAUGUGUGCCGGGAAUGUGGGCGAGGCUUCAGUCACCAGGCAGGUCUCAUCAGGCACAGGAGAAAACACUCAAGGGAGAAGCCAUACAUGUGCAGGCAGUGUGGACUAGGCUUUGGCAGUAAAUCAGCUUUAAUCACACAUAAGCGAGUCCACUCAGUAGAAAAGCCUUGUGUGUACAGAGAGAGUGGCCAAUGCCUUGUCCAAAAGUCACUUUUCAGCUUACAUCAGAUGACACACCAAGAGGAGAAACCUUAUGUGUGUAAGAUGUGUGGGCAAAGCUUUAGCCAGAAGUCUCACCUCAGGAGACACAAAAAGAUGAAAUGCCCAUCACAAACUGUUACUCCCACCCAACUCUGAUGCUUGUUUGAGACAAACUUCUGACCCCUUGCAUUCACUUUGAAAGUGAUGAUAGUAGCAAGGACUGAAUAACAUCUUUUACAUUUUCAUCAAGUGGAGUAGAAAAACGCAUCUCAUAAUUGGUCAAAGAUUAUUUAACUCAGUUCACAUUCUUCACAGUAAGUUUCCUCCAUGUUUUGUGGCCUUGUGUUCUAAUACAUUUUACUUCUUUACAAA